AUGCUCCUAAUAAAAAAUUUAAGAGAUACAUUCGGCAAAGACUUGACGGAGAUAAAAGAGCAGGUCCAACAGCCCGAGGACCGUAUUUCACAGCACGAGAGCCUGAAUGCCAAAACUGAGGUUCAAGUAGUGGCUGUGAAGAAGAUCCUGGAAGACAUGAAAACAGGAACAGUAAUUUCAGCCUCAGUUACUGCUGCUCCUUUCUUGCGGGGUUUCAAAGUUAUGCCACUCGAUGGAACAACCUCGUGGCCAGCCUACAGGAUCCAGUUUGAGGCGGUUAUGAAAGCAAACGGCUGGAGCAAGUCACAAGCCAUGACGGCGCUUACUCUGGAACUCCGCGAACAAGCUUUGACCACCCUGGAAGCCUUAGACAAGAAUGUAACAUAUGAGCAACUUGUGGAGGCGUUGGAAUCCAGAUAUGGAGACGCGCACCCGGAACACGUGUUUCGUGCCCAGUUGAAGGAACGAGUGCAGCGUAGCAACGAAAGUCUUCAACAGUGGGCGCUCGAGAUUGAAAAGCUAGUCCGCAAGGCGUACCGCUCUUUACCUGCCCUUAUUGACGGUAGCCUGGUACAAGAAUUUGUCGACGGUAUCCGAGACUUGGAGGUCAGAGCUGCAGUGUGA